GCCUAUAAAUCCUGCUACACUAUAUCCCGUAUUUAAGUUGGUGAAGCAAAUGUUUUCCGCUGAAGAACUACAGCGGUUGUGAGAAGGAAAUCUGUUGGCUGAAUUCAUAUCAUCAUUCGUGCCCGUCAUUAUGCCUGUGAUACUCUCGGAGAACCAGAUGAGAGACGUCAUGCACCAAGUUACUAAAUAUCACGGGUGGAUUAAGAUUUGUGGAGAAAUUUCAGCCAGGUUAGAACAUUUCAUAACGGGGUAUGAGUUCAUCGUGGACACAUGGCCUGAAUUUAAAGCGCUGGUUGUACGCUCAAACAGGAAAUCUUUACAGUUGCAGUUUCUGGAGCCCUCUGUGAACAUCUUUGCUACAGAUACGGGUGCACUAAGGGAUCUCCUGCAAAACAAUGAUGUUAUAGACUGGUCAAGAAAACAGAAUUUUGAAUGUGUGGACACGAGGCUGAUGUCUGUUGUGAUAGAAGUGAUGAAACACCAUCAAGUUUCCAUCUCGCUUGGAUCGACUGCCGUGUUCCUCCGUGUGACGGAAGAUACCUUGGAACUCAAACCAGUGCCAGAAGGUUUUACGCUUAAGAGUCUCAAAGAAGAUCAAGCCAAAAUGGUAGAUGCUUUCUGGAAUUUGAGAAGAGAAUAUUCUGAUGAUUACAUUCAAGAAAUGAUACGGAAACUACCUUCCUGCUGUCUUUACAACAGUGAGGGAGAGAUGGUUGGGUUUGCCAUCACCUACCACUAUGGCUGCAUUGGGAUGUUACACGUUCUGGAGGAACACAGAGGGAAGGGGUACGCCAAGGUGAUUAUGUCACAUCUCGCUUUCAAGUGUCUUCAGAAGUGGCAGUGUGUAUCUGUGUUUAUUGACCCAAAGAACACGAGGUCAAUAAAACUUAAUGAAGCCAUAGGCUUUUCUUUAGUACCAGAUUUGUUGUUUAUAGCAAUUAAAAGUCACUCACAUCCAAAGCUUUAAUAUUGACGUAUGCAGAACAAACACCCAAACAAGCUCAUGAUAACUGAGUUAAAUGCCACUGAGAAGCUGCUGGGUUGGACAAAGUGAGUGAGUGAGUGAGUUUAGUUUACGCCGCAGUCAUCAAUAUUCCAGCUAUAUGGCGGCGGUCUGUAAAUAGACGAGUCUGGACCAGACAAUCCAGUGAUCAACAGCAUGAGCAUCGAUCUGCGCAAUUGGGAACCGUUGUCAUGUGUGGUGGGACAAAGGAGAUAUUAUUUUGAUCCAUAACAACUUUAUUCGAUUUGAUUUAUUUCAACGAAUACAACCUUUCCACGUAGACACGUAACAUG